AGGAUAAAAGUCUGUAUAAUGAGUUCUUGUGUCUGCGUGUGACAGACAGCGGGGUGAUCAGUGUGCAGGCGGCUCUGUACGGACGCGCAGACACCGAGACCUGCAGCGAAGGAAAACCUCCACAACAGCUGUCCAACACAAAGUGCUCUCAGCAGGGCGCCGUCGACGUCCUCCGGAAAAGAUGUGAUGGAAAGAAAGUGUGUGAACUGAACACAAAGAUCCUUCGGACUUCUGAUCCCUGCUUUGGCAUCUUUAAAUAUCUGGAGACCAACUACACCUGCUUCCCUGCAGUCCACCUUGUUGUAUGUGAGCACUCUUUGGCACACCUACAAUGUGAUGUCGGUCAGGUCAUAUUUGUGUACGGAGCUCAUUAUGGACGCCAGGACCAAACAACAUGCUCUUACCAGCGAUCUGCCUCUCAGCUCAAAAACGUCAACUGCGCGAGUACCUCCAACGCGGUGGCUGAAAGCUGUAACGGGAAAAACAGCUGUAUCCUCAGAGCGAGCAACUCGGUGUUUGGAGACCCCUGUGCCGGCACGUACAAGUACCUGGAGGUGUCUUACAUCUGUCUGUAUCCUGUAUGAUGUUGAAAGCACAGUAAUAUCACAAUAUUAAAUCAUCAAUCUAAAGUAUUAAGCACAA